AUGUGGACUUUAGAGCAGAUUAUCAAACUUCUACUCAUAGGAUUCGUCAACCUAUCUAUUUGUACAGAGAUUCUCAUCAUCCAAGAUAUUAAAGAGAUCAAAAAUGCUGAAUGAAAUGAAACAGCUUUAAUAGAUUUUCUUCAAAAUUCUAAUAGCCAAUUUGAAUGGCACAUUUGCCCAUACAAGCCAACCUUUGACUGCAUUGAAAAAUAUCCAAAAGCUUAUAUAAUACUUGACUUAUCUCAUGAAUUAAAAUAUUGGGACCACAUUUCUCUAGUAAUUGCAAAAUAUUCUGAUUAA